GAGAAGAAAAGUCUGAAGUGAAACAGUAUGGAAAAUGUUGUUAGCCUAGAUUUGUUUUUAUUAAUCUAAACUUUCCACAAUUUUUGUUUUUCAUUUUUUUUAUAGUCAUGUGUAAAAGCUUUCAACAGAGUAACUGUUUCUGUGAAUCUACUACGUGUGUAUUAUUAGCAUUCAGCGCUGAUACACAAAAAGAAAUAGCCAUUGUCUUCUUGACAUUAUUUAAGUAAGUCCAUUUUGAAAGAUUUUAAUUACAUGAUUUUGAGAUUUGUUUUACUUUGUGUGUUCUUUUUGGAAUUGAUUAACUCUCCUGUUUUAACGCUACUUUGUUUGGAAUGAUGGUCACCAUACAAAGUCAUCCUAAUAAAUAUAAAUAAAUCGCCUGACUGAUAUGUAGGUUGAGGAUGACAUUAAUACAAAACGCAUAUUGACAAUAAGAGGAUAAAAGCUUGUAAUGUAUUGUAAAAAAUUACAAGAUAUUCAAAUCCUCUUAAAUGUGAGGUAAUUGGUUAAAGCAGAGAAAAUAAACCAGUCAUAAAUUGUUUCAUAAUACUAAGGAAACUUUGACCGUAAUCUUCAAACUUUCAACUUCAGAACUUUCAACAUCUUAAAAUAGAAUAUGGCAUUACCAACAGUUAAAAGUUCUUUAUCUUACUACCUCUGUUGGUUUCCCUUAUCCGAGGGAAAACCCCAGACAUGCCCUGUUUCUCAUGAUGUUCUGUGACGUAUAGGAGGGAGGAGGCGUGGUGACUGCAUUCACAAUAAGAAUCCUGUGCUCUGUGCUAACAGAGCCAGAUUGCAGCAAAGAUGCAGGACACUUUGAUUUUGCAGAACGUCUGGGACUUUGUGCGGGCACAGGAUGCCUAUCUUAAAUCUCCUUUCUUUCCAGCCCUGUUUUCCUUCAUCGUCUACAUGGGAUUCUGUCUGCCAUUUGUGAUUCUGGAUAUCCUCUCUUCCAAGGCAGCUUUCAUCAGAAAAUACAAGAUUCAGCCAAAUACUCAGGUUACAUGGGAAAUGGCAGGGACCUGCAUCAUGCAGACUGUGUACAACCACAUUGUCUUCAUUUUCCCAUUGACUGUCUUACACUGGUACUGGAAACCAGUCUUCUACCCUCUGGAGGCUCCUGGGCUGAUCAGAGUGAUCCUGGACAUUGUUGCGUGCCUGCUGCUCUUUGAUUUCCAGUACUUUAUCUGGCAUUUAAUUCACCACAAAGUUCCAUGGCUGUACAAAACCUUCCACAAGGUGCACCACAAGUAUACCUCCACCUUUGCACUGACUGCUGAGCACUCCGGAGCGUGGGAGACCCUUUCCUUGGGUUUUUUUGCUGCUAUCAGUCCUAUGAUGCUGGACUGUCAUCCUCUUACUGAGAUGCUCUUCUUUGUUGUGAACAUAUGGCUGUCUGUGGAGGACCACUGUGGCUACGACUUUCCUUGGGCUACGCAUAGACUUGUGCCAUUUGGACUGUUUGGUGGAGCACCUCAUCACGACCUCCAUCACUUGAAGUUCAAAUCCAACUACGCGCCUUAUUUUACACACUGGGACAAGAUAUUUGGCACCCUGCUUCAAGCCAACGUCAGAAAUAACUAAUUUUGUCUAAGGUGGAACACCACAACGGACUAACAAUAACACUGCCAUUUUUCUGCUGGCCAGUAAAAAACAUACAUUAUAAUUGUAUUAAUAACAUGUUUGUCUUCUUUUAUAUUAAAAGGGAUAUUAUGGAUA